UUGAAUAUCUUUGAUGCAUGUGGAAUGAGAUUGAACCUUGCCAUGCGACCGGAUUGGCUGAUGAUGGAUGUGUUGACAAAAAAAGUAUAAGCCUUGACGUGCCAUUUGGUGGUUAUCUCGUAUAUGGUGUGGCACACCAACAUUCAGGGGCCAUUGGUUCUGCUCUUUAUAGAGAGGAUUGCCAAGUUAUAAGUUCUUCGUUUCCGACUUACGGGGAGGGAGAAGAACCGGGAAACGAAGCCGGUUAUAUUGUUGGAAUAACUACAUGCUAUCCUCUACCGGGAGCCAUCGAGAUAUCUAAAGGGGAGACUUUGACUUUGGAAUCAAAUUACAGUAGCAUCAAACGUCAUACGGGAGUAAUGGGGCUGUUCUACAUUUUGGUUGCGGACCAAUUGCCCAAGCCAAGGCACACCCUAUGCACUGUCAUUCAAACACAGGAUACUAUUACACUAUUACCAAUCCUUUGGGCCGUGGUAGCGAUGAGCGGUGCGGUAGCUGUUAUUGCCGUCUCCAUUCAUUAACAACUUAAGCGUGAGGGAGACGGCUAUGAAGCAAUUGGCAUGUGAAUGUGUUUAAAUAAGCUCUACACCGUGUUGCAUGUGAGAGUUCCAGUAACUUUGUUGUG